AUGAAGUCUACCACCGGAAGCCGAAAGGGCAGUAAUCUCUCUAUUUUCGUUGUGGCGUUUUCGAUUUUUUUGUUCGGUUGUUUCAUGUACAAUGAGGACGUGAAAUCUAUUGCUGAGUUCCCGUUUUCUAGGCCUAAGGGUGGUCAAGAAAUUCAAGAAGAGCCAUCCAAGAAUACGAAUGGUAUAAUUCAAGAAAGUGACAAGAAUGUUGGCGAUCAGACCACUGUUUCAGUUGUUCUAAAUGCAAGAACUGUAGUGGAGACGGAGAUAGAAACUUCCGAUUCUGAUCAUGAUCAGAAACAAGAAUCUGUGAUCUUGAAAGAUGGGAAAGAAAAAGAGGAGGAACAACAGAAAAUUGAACUACCCGCUGAAGAUGACGAUGAGAUUGAGGAGGAGGAGGAGGAAAUUGAAUUACCUCCUGAAGACUGUGAUCUGUUUACAGGGCAAUGGGUUUUCGAUAACGUUACACACCCACUAUAUAAAGAAGAUGAAUGUGAGUUUCUCACAGCCCAGGUGACUUGCAUGAGGAAUGGAAGGAAGGAUUCUUUGUAUCAGAAUUGGAGGUGGCAGCCCAGAGAUUGUUCUUUACCCAAAUUUAGACCAAGAUUGUUGCUCGAGAAACUGAGGAACAAGAGGCUGAUGUUUGUUGGGGACUCCUUGAAUCGAAACCAAUGGGAAUCAAUGAUUUGUUUCGUCCAAUCCGUCGUUCCUCCCGAACGAAAGAGCUUGAACAAGUCUGGCUCUUUAUCUGUUUUCCGAAUUGAGGAUUAUAAUGCUACAGUAGAGUUUUACUGGGCUCCAUUUUUGGUGGAAUCAAAUUCAGAUGAUCCUAAUAUGCACAGCAUUUUGAACCGGAUCAUCAUGCCCGAAUCAAUCAAAAAGCAUGGCAAGAAUUGGAAAAAUGUUGACUUUCUCAUUUUCAAUACUUAUAUAUGGUGGAUGAACACUUUCGCAAUGAAAGUUCUGCGAGGAUCCUUCGAUGAAGGGGCGACAGAGUAUGACGAAAUUGCAAGGCCUGUGGCGUAUGAAAGAGUUUUGAGGACCUGGGCUAAGUGGGUAGAUAAAAAUAUAAAUCCUAAUCGAACACAAGUUUUCUUCAUGAGCAUGUCUCCUCUUCACAUCAAGAGCUUGGACUGGGAAAAUCCGGAUGGCAUAAAAUGUGCCUUAGAAACAACCCCAAUACUCAACACCUCAAUGCCACUGAAUGUGGGCACAGACCGCAGGCUAUUCAGAGUUGCAGUAAAUAUCACUGAAUCAAUGAAAGUGCCUGUCUAUUUCCUCAACGUAACCACCCUUUCUGAGUAUCGAAAAGAUGCUCACACCUCGGUUCACACCAUUCGCCAAGGCAAGAUGCUGACCCCCGAGCAGAAAGCUGAUCCAGCCAAUUUUGCAGAUUGCAUCCAUUGGUGCCUACCGGGCUUGCCUGACACAUGGAACGAAUUCCUCUAUACGCAUAUUAUAUCACGUUCUUCACACGAGUCCCCCACCCUCUAG